CGCUGAGGCAAGGCCUGUUGUCGCUCUUUCGGUAUUUCAUCCGAGGAAACUCUUUUGUAUUAUCUAACGUCUACCGAGAAGCUGUCAGAGGUUGCCGCAACAUGUCUGCCGAAAAGAAGCCGAAGAAGAAGAAGGAGGAGGCCAACAGCACAAGCGAGGCCAAGCUGAACGGCAGCGAGACCAAGAUCAAGAAAAUCAAGAAAAAAAAGAAUGAGGAGGCUUCUGAGGAGAAUUGCGUCUUGCAAAAUGACAAAAAGGUGAAGAAGAAAAAGCUGGACAAGAAUAAGGAACCAGACAAAGAGACAAAAAAGAAAGCCAAAAGUGCCCCAAAGAAGAAGAAGAAAGCAGGAUCAGUCACAGACGACGACGACGAGGAGGAGGAGGAGGAAGACACCCCAAAAAAGAAAACCAAGAAGAAAACAGCCAAAGACAGCUCACCGUCCCCAAGUGCCACCAAAGAAAAAAAAUCCAAAUCAAAAGAAGACAAGGAUUGCGAUGGCAAGGAGAAGAAGCCAAAGUCAAAAGAGAAGGACAAAAAGAAGGAACCAGCAUCCUUGUUUCAGAUAAACAACGACAAAGACUCCAAGAGCAAAAAGAAAGCCGGCAAAUCGGAAAGUGACGACAGCGAGGAGGAGAUCAAGUCGACAAAGUCCAAAAAGAAGUCUGCUGCCGGCUCUACGACAUCUUUGUUCCAAACCUCAGGAGACAAAGACAAAGAAAAGAAGACGAAAAAGAAAGCAAAGGCAGAAGACAGUGAUGAUUCCGAGUCUGAAAAAGAAGAAAAGUCCAAAAAGAAGAAGGCCAAAGGCAAGAAGAAGAAGAAGGAGAGAGCGCCAUCACCUGAGAUUGAGUUUGACAACUUGGAAACGUUUGUGAUGGAUCCGGCGCCUCAAGGCGUGACCGUCAAAUGCAGAGUGACUCGAGACCAGCGGGGGAUGGAUAAGAGCAUGUAUCCUCUCUACUACCUUCAUCUUGACAAUGACAAGAAGACGUUUCUGUUGGCUGGCAGGAAGAGAAAGAAAAGCGCAACCUCCAAUUAUCUCAUCUCCAUUGACGCCACCGAUUUGUCAAGAGGUGGUGAUAACUUCAUAGGAAAGCUGAGGUCAAAUUUAAUGGGCACCAAGUUUACUGUCUUUGACAAUGCUUUGAAUCCAGAAAGAGCCCUUCCGGACUUGUCUAACGCACGACAGGAAUUAGCGGCCAUCAUCUACGAGACAAAUGUUUUGGGAAUGAAAGGGCCCAGAAGGAUGUCGGUCAUCAUUCCAGGCAUGGACAAAGACAAUGAGCGGGUGCCUCUCCGACCCAGAAACGACUAUGACGGCCUGUUGAUACGACACCAGAAUAGAAGGAUGGAGAAUUUGAUUCAUCUUCACAAUAAGACGCCUGUGUGGAACGAGGAAUCGUCAUCACAUGUGCUCAACUUCAACGGCAGGGUCACUCAGGCUUCCAUCAAAAACUUCCAGAUUGUCCACAGCAAAGAUUUGGACUACAUUGUGAUGCAGUUUGGCCGGAUAGCCGACGAUAUUUUCACACUGGACUACAAGUACCCCAUGUGCGCAGUGCAGGCCUUUGCCAUUGCGCUAUCGAGCUUCGAUGGGAAAAUCGCCUGUGAAUGAGUUCCAUUUGUUGCCCCGUGCGAUUUCAAACCAAGCCAGGCCUUCGUCAAAAUGGAUGCCCCCCCAAAAACUGAUAAUAAAAAAAAUCAACUGGAAUAUGUCGACUAGUACAAAUAUUCCCAUCCCGUAGGAAUCUGGAGCUACAGUGUAUAUAAAAAGUCUACACACCCCUGUUCUAAUGCCAGGAUAAUCCCACUAAAAGAUUAGAACUUAAUUGGAGGUGAAGAAGAGGCACUUCAAAAGUUGGUGGGUGACAUCCCAUUGACAAGAGGGUGUGCACACUUGUGCAAGCACAUUAGCUACAUUUUACUUCUCCUUUUGAAACUAUCCAAACUGUAAUCAAGGUUUGUUUAUAUUUCUUUCGAUUGUUUUUCUUCGACUUCCUUCCUUCUUUGGGUAUAGCUGUUGGUGUCUGACUGAACAAAGUAUUUUCUGGCAUUUCGACGUGACAGUCUUUCCCAAAUGGUGAGACAAGGCGCUUAUUUUAUAUCGGAAAACCUCCAAACAGCUUAAACUAACUACUCAAAAAUAGACUUAGUGUGAAAUCUGUUUCUGUCACGCUACAUCGCUCGUAUGGAAGAUGAAAGAAGCACUUUUUGUAAGAAUCUUCCUUUUAAAUGAAAUUGGCACAGUGAUUUGGAAUCACCACUCCAUGAAGAUGUUAUGUAAUAAAUCAAAUAAAUAUAACCAAAAUAAAGUAAGACCAAUCAAUGUCCUCCACUUGCGUCACAUGUACAGUUUUAUCAGUGUUGCCAUGACGAUAAUGACUUUAAAUGGGGAUGUGCACACCCAAACAAGGAGCACUCCUUCACUGGGGCCAUGCCCAGCAGGCUUUGUUGACGUGUUAGAUUUAGUAUAUGAAGUUUUACAGCUUUCUUUUGAGUAAAGCCGCCGGCUUCCAGUUGAUCUGACAGGUUGGAGUCGCCCCAAAGCUGUGCUUCCAAUGAAAAACCUGUUUGAGGUGACAGCUCUGAGAGAUAGAGGUGUGAAUUCUGCCUCAACCUGCUCAGGCAGUUGUCUAAACUCGCAAGUAAAAUGUAGGCUUAAAGCUGGCGCCUUUUCUGGAUGGACACUCGCAAAAGGACACUCACAACAAUUUUCCCUCUUUUAGAAGUUCAUCAGGUCAUCGAUACUUUUUUUUUUUUACUCUCCAGACUGUGAGCAAAUGAUUCCUUCAGAAAUGCUUUUGCCUAUCCAGGUGUAUCAUGGUCAGCCGAAAUCACAAACACCCUAAACUAGAGCUUGACAUUUAUGAUGCUUCUGUCUGUCAGCUACGUUGGGGGAAUCAGCCAGUCAAACAAAAUAGGGCCCAUUGAGUUGAAAUCAUUUCACUUCAAAACCAAAAUAAAUUCGAGGUUGCCUGUUGUUAUUAUUUUGCUUUUUAACAAGUAGCCUCUCAAUACACUUCUAUCUUUCCGCAUUAAAAUGAAUGGAAAUGCCCUUAAAGCGUUCAAUGCCCCAUAAAACGACAUAUCAUAUAAUCA